CCUAACACAGACACCACGAAACUUUCCACAACCUCCUCACCGACCCAAAAACAGUCCAAUGCCGACCCACCUGAACCAUGGCUGCUCAUUGCGUUUACCUGUACAGUGGAAAAAUGUAACCAUCGUUCUGCACACUCAUUCACGAAGCGUGCCUAUGCUAGUGGCGUUGUGAUUAUUCAGUGUCCCAACUGUAAGAAUUGGCAUCUUAUCGCUGAUAAUCUUGGUUGGUUCAAGGAUACCAUGGAAGCCAGGAAACUCAAGAACAUCGAGGAUAUCCUGCGUACACAUGGAGAGAACAUUUGCAAGGUGAAACUGGACUCAAUAGAUGGUGAUAUCGAAUUCGUGGGCCACUAG